CUCACUUCCGCCUUGUCUUCCUGGGUCUCCUAACUUUGACAAGUUCGGACGGUCAUCCGCCGGCGCGGAACAAGUUCCGUGGCCGGGAUAGCUAGUUUCGGAGGCUGCGGGCGGGAUGAGCGCAGCGCUCGAAGGAGCGGCGCGGACGCUGCGGGUGCCGGGCCGCCACGGCUACGCCGCCGAGUUCUCCCCGUACCUGCCGGGCCGCCUGGCCUGCGCCGCCGCGCAGCACUACGGCAUCGCGGGCUGUGGAACCCUCCUGAUAUUGGAUCAAAAUGAAUCUGGGCUUAGGAUUUUUAGAAGUUUUGACUGGAAUGAUGGUUUAUUUGAUGUGACCUGGAGUGAGAACAAUGAACACGUCCUGGUCACUGGUAGUGGCGAUGGCUCUCUGCAGCUCUGGGACACUGCCAAAGCCACAGGGCCGCUGCAGAUCUACAAGGAGCAUACUCAAGAGGUAUAUAGUGUUGACUGGAGCCAAACCAGAGGUGAACAGCUUGUGGUGUCUGGCUCAUGGGAUCAAACUGUGAAACUGUGGGAUCCAACCGUUGGAAAGUCUCUGUGCACCUUUAGUGGUCAUGAAAGUGUAAUUUAUAGCACAAUCUGGUCUCCCUAUAUCCCUGGUUGCUUUGCUUCAGCCUCAGGUGAUCAGACUCUGAGAAUCUGGGAUAUGAAGGCAAGAGGAGUCAGAAUUGUGAUUCCAGCACAUCAUGCAGAAAUUUUGAGUUGUGACUGGUGUAAAUACAAUGAGAAUUUGCUUGUGACAGGGGCAGUUGACUGUAGUUUGAGAGGCUGGGACUUGAGGAAUGUAAGACAACCAGUAUUUGAACUUCUUGGUCACACCUAUGCUAUUAGGAGAGUGAAAUUUUCACCAUUUCAUGCUUCUGUAUUGGCCUCUUGCUCCUAUGAUUUUACUGUAAGAUUCUGGAACUUUUCAAAUCCUGAUCCUCUUCUUGAAACAGUGGAACAUCACACAGAGUUUACUUGUGGUUUAGAUUUAAGUCUUCAAAGUCCUACCCAGGUGGCUGACUGUGCUUGGGAUGAAACGAUAAAGAUAUAUGACCCUGUUUGUCUUAGUAUGCCUGUCUGAGAUACAUUACAACAAAGAAUCAAGGCUUAUUGACUGAAGAAACUACUUUACAGGAAAUAAAUUAACUAUUGAUAAUGUAGACAUAAUGCUUUUAUAUGCAUUCAGAUUUCAGAUUUUUAAAAUUUGUCCUGCAAUCAGUUUUGAGGCAGCUGAUAAAGACCUUCUUCACUAUUUAAGCCUGGUACUUAAGCCAUACUUCUUAAAAUCUUGAGAAAUAAUUAAUGUUAUGGUAUAUCUUGUAAUAUCUACUAAAGUAGUCUCUGUAUUGUAAAAUGGAUUAAAUUGUGGGAGACUCUUAGAUUAUUAUCAUUAUACUGAUGAUAUAUUUCAUUUUUAAUUUGUCAUUUUUAUGUAAAUUAUACUAGCUGCUGUUGAUAAAAAUAAACUACAUCUCUUAAUCAUGUAUCAUUU